GGGAGUUGGCUUGAUAGCAGCUUGGGUUUCCGAAUCAUUAUCACUGAUUUUUUUUUUUCAGAAAAUAAAUCUGCACAUUGACUGUUGAACAAUUCGGAUUAGCAACAGCCCAUCUUCUUCAAAAGAUUUAACAGCUUUGCCUCUUGAAGCAUGGGUUUUAAGUAGAAGAGGUUUUACUAGUCACAACCUGCGGGCGUUCGAUUAAUUUCAACGUUCUGGGUAAAGUAAAGACAACUUGAACAUUUUGUACCCCCAUUAUUCACUUCUGAAAUUAUAUAGAUAUGAAACGCGGUUGUUGUUUCGUCGCGUGUAAUCUUGAAUGAUAAUAAUAUACACGAAUAUAUCCAUGCUUUGAAAACAGUAUAACUGGGAUUCAGCGGAUGCCUUUUUACAGCAGUAUUUUUUACCUCUUUUGACAAUCUUGGUUUAUUCUUCGCUUUCCCCUUUAAAUUUUUUUUUCCCUCUGCUAGGGAAAUUGCUCUACCACCAGCAUCAGCAGCCGCUGCUCCUUGAUGUUGUGGUAGAGUGUGCGCAUGCGCCCCACAUUGGAAUUACUGCACUGGCCAGAAUAAGUUGGAUCUCGUCUGUCUUCACUGAAAUCCAAAAUCAUAUCAAAACUAUGGCGAUGCUGAGAAUCAGGAAAAGGAGCUACUUUGGGGUUUGGACAUUUCCUUUAAUAGUGGCAGUGGUCUGUGCGCAGAGUGUCAAUGACCCUAGCAAUAUGUCACUGGUAAAAGAAACUGUGGAUAGACUGUUGAAAGGAUAUGACAUUCGCUUGAGGCCAGAUUUUGGAGGUCCCCCGGUGGCAGUGGGCAUGAAUAUAGAUAUCGCCAGUAUAGACAUGGUAUCUGAAGUCAAUAUGGACUAUACAUUGACAAUGUAUUUCCAGCAAGCGUGGAGAGAUAAACGGCUGUCGUAUUCUGAGAUUCCUCUAAAUCUCACACUGGACAACAGGGUAGCAGAUCAGCUCUGGGUCCCUGACACCUAUUUCCUAAAUGACAAAAAGUCAUUUGUUCAUGGUGUUACAGUUAAAAACCGAAUGAUACGUCUGCAUCCAGAUGGAACAGUGUUGUAUGGCUUAAGAAUAACUACAACAGCAGCCUGCAUGAUGGAUCUCCGAAGGUACCCUUUGGAUGAGCAGAACUGUACGUUGGAGAUAGAAAGCUAUGGCUACACAACCGAUGACAUUGAGUUCUACUGGCGUGGGGGAGAUCAUGCUGUGACUGGAGUUGAAAGAAUAGAACUGCCUCAGUUCUCCAUUGUAGACUACAAGCUUAUAUCCAAGAAUGUUGUAUUCUCCACAGGAUCUUACCCCAGGCUGUCCCUCAGCUUCAAACUGAAGAGAAACAUUGGGUACUUCAUUUUGCAGACUUACAUGCCUUCAAUUCUGAUCACUAUUCUCUCCUGGGUGUCCUUUUGGAUUAACUACGAUGCUUCAGCAGCCAGAGUUGCUUUAGCCAUGAAGAUGUCACUCGAUAACUUUGUAUGCUUGCAGUGGUUGGUGGGAAAUGUAGUUCAGAGAGACGAUGCUCUGUAUGCCAGAAUGAAACAGAGGGAAAUUGACGCUCAUGACUCGAUGUGGGAACCGAUCUUUGUGGAGGAUGCAGCAAUAGGACUAGGCGAGCAAAAGAAUAAGAUGGACCCUCAUGAAAAUAUUUUGUUGAGCACUCUUGAAAUCAAGAAUGAGAUGGCCGCCUCUGAGCUCACCUUGGGUCUAGGUGACCCAAGAAGCACCAUGCUUGCAUAUGACAGCUCCACCCUCCAGUAUCGCAAAGCAGGAUUGCCCAGGCACAGCUUUGGAAGAAACGCCCUGGAGCGGCAUGUAGCCCAGAAGAAGAGCAGGCUACGAAGACGUGCAUCCCAGCUGAAAAUUACCAUCCCUGAUUUGACUGACGUAAACUCUAUCGACCGAUGGUCGAGGAUGAUUUUCCCAAUUGUUUUUUCCUUCUUCAACAUUGUUUAUUGGCUGUACUACGUGAAUUAAUAAGACAUGAACAAGGGAAACAGCACUCCAUUUGUUGGCUAAUUUUACAACGCAAGCAAGACUUUGAAUUAUUACAUCCAAAACAAAUCAGGACAAAACUUCAUUUUACCUUGGAACACCUUAAUUGCUGGCUAAUCCUAAAAGUGUAAGACAACGAAGUGGUGCCUGCUCCAGAAUUAAGAUUGUGAAACUUAAAAUUAUAUCGUGGUUCAAACAUAUAUGUAUUAUGUUUUAUUCUUUGAUUUUGUUAACCUGCAUAGAAUUUACUUUGAAACUAGCCAAACUACAGCAUCUAGAAAUCUAAGUAAAUUGGCAUUAGUGGCAUGCCAAUCAACAAUAAUGACAAAAAUAGUCUACUAAAACAUUUCUAUUUCAUUAAAGUAAAGACAAAUUGCUAAACAUUGCUGUUUCCAAAAUAGAAGUGGCAUUAAAAUGAUAAUUGACAAUGGGUUGUUUCCUUAUUAAAUGGUAGGUACAUAAAGGUUUAAUGAACUAAAGUUCAUUAUUUUUCUAUGUCAGUAUUUAGUAUUUUUACAAACAUUCAGUGUCUUAUUCAUUUAGAGUUACAUAUCAUUUCAAACACUUUAGAUCGGAUAUAUGGAUAUAUAAUCCUGACAUUUGAUUUGCCAAAUCUACAAGAAUGUCCACAGCAUGAACAUGAGUUAAUAAUCUUAACUCAGUGGAAAUGUCAGUUUACAAACUGUGCUGUGACUUCUGCAGAAAUCAUUUAGAGUUACCACUAGGUAUUAUGGAAAAUUCUUUGUACAAAAUGUGCAUAAGUUAUUAAUAUUUUCGCCAAACAAUUACGUUUGAAGCUUCAUCAGUGCAUUACAACAUGCUGCGUAAUUUUCUUUUUUAUUAAAUAAUGUAUGUGGUUGUACAAUGUCAUGUGUGAAACAUAAAGCAAUUUAAAGCACUGUUCUAACAGUGUGAAUUACCAGGAGUCUUUCUUGUAUUUUAAUUGUGUAUGAUGCCAAGCCAGCAGUUAAGGCAUCUGUAGGAGACAUUUCACUAUAAAUUAUGAGAACAUAGCAAGGCACAGUCUCAUCUUUACCUUUCACAGUUACCUGUAAAUAUAUAUUGUAUAUGAUUGUUAACAGUUAUGGUAUGCAUUUCAAUUUAAGUGAGAAUUCAUGCAGCAUUUUUCUGUGUUUACAUAAGGAAUGUUCUGUUUCUAUUUAGUAUUUCAGGGAAAUGGAGGGGUCAUGAAUGGUUUAUGUCCUUAAAAUGAUUCAGUCCAGACGCAUGUCCUUUAAAACUGGGUGUAAAAAUAUUGCUUACCAUGGAUACGACUGAAUCAUGUUUUGUUAAUCCAACUGUGAAAUGUAAUUAUACUGUACUUUUGCUGUUGAAGGACUUUUUUCCCUUGUUUUUUCAGUCUAAUUUCUUCAGUUAAUAUUUUGUACAUUAUAGGAUGCAUUUAUUCAGUACAUAUUGAAGCCUGCAGUCUUUGUUUUUGUUAUUAAAUGCCUACUAGGACAUAAACACUGGUAUCUUAAAAAGUCUUCAACAGCAAACUGGUUAGGACCAUCCAUGAGACCUGGAUAUUUAAAAGCACAACACUACUAAUUGUUAUUACUACAAAAUUAAGUUAAUAUAAAUUUCAUAUCCAAUUCUUUUUUGUUUCGUUUGGUUAUGUUAUGAAGAUCAUUAUCAUUUAAAGGGGAAAGGUAUCAGAAUAUAAAUGAAUAUAAAUUCAAAAAGUAGUGAAACUGUUGCUCAAACCUUAGACCAUAUUUUGCACUUUUUUAAUUCAAACUGAUCACAGAAACACCCCAGCUAUACACUUUCCCUUAAGAAUAAUUAUCAAUUCUAAUACAAACAGGUAUGGGCUUAUGUAAAUUAGGAGGUUUCAUAUAUAUAUAUAAUCACUGAAUUACUCAUACAAAGCAAUAUUAUAUUUUAGAUAUUUCCAUAGGGAAAUGAAGUAAAUAGUUCUAGGCAGUAUUUUGAAGGAUGCGUGUCAUUAACCAAACGUUUGCACACACACACAAAAAAAA